AUGUUUGCGUCAUGGCCCAUGGCCACAUGCACCCCUGUCCUACGUAGCCCCGUGGCCGCCAAGGUCGGAGGCAGCAGCCGCCGCCCGCAGCAAAACGGCAACGACGUAUACACCACGUUCGCCAACAAGGUCAUCUUCACCCCCGAGGCCAACUUCACCGACCCGCGCCCCCCGCUCGUGCACUUUCCCAUCUUCGAGAGCCGCGACCACGGCGCGACCUGGAAGGAGAUCUCCCAGGUCCACGACACCGUCAACGGCUGGGGGCUCCGGUACCAGCCCGACCUCUUCGAGCUGCCCCGCGCCGUCGGCGAGUUCCCCGCCGGCACCAUCAUCUGCUCCGGCAACAGCAUCCCCACCGACCUGAGCCAAACCCAGAUCGACGUCUACGCCUCCCGCGACAAGGGCAGGACGUGGGAGUUUGUCAGCCACGUUGCUGCCGGCGGCGUUGCUAUCCCCGUCAACGAGGAGACCCCCAUGCACGAGGACACCGUCAUCCUCUACUACGCCGACCAACGCCCCGAAGGCCACGGCCAAGUCAUCUCCCACCAAACCACCCAGGACCUGCGCGCCUGGUCAGACGUCGUCCACGACAUCAUCUACGACGACCCCACCGACCGCCCCGGCAUGCCCUCCGUCGCCCGCUUCCCCGACGGCCGCUACAUCUACGCCUACGAGUACGGCGGCGACCCGGCCUUCUCCGACUACCGCUUCCCCAUCCACUACCGCAUCGCCGAGGACCCCACCAAGUUCCACGACGCCCCCGACCACCUCGUCGCCUCCAACGGCCGCUCCCCCACCACCGGCCCUUACAUCGGCGAGGUCUGGUCCAACAAGGCCCUCGGCGACCCCGCCGCUUGGAAGUACCACGCCGUGCCCCAGCCCAGCGCCUACACCCGCAACCUCCGCAUCUUCAAGGACAGGCCCGACCUCAUGAUCAUCGCCGGCGCCGGCUACCUGCCCCCAGCGACUCCAACAAGGUCAGCCUCAGCGUCGUCGACCUGA